AUGGGCCUUAAUAGUAGCAAACUUAGACGAAACUCUUCUCCGACCCCGCCAUCUGCAAAUUCGAUCACUCCACUGUAUGAAGCCUGCCGCAAUGAGCCUCUCUACGGUGGUAACACUUGUUUACAUGUUGCAGCAGCGAAUGGUCAUGAAAAUAUUGUCAAACUUCUUCUAAGACAUGGUAGCUAUCGUUCAGCUUCGCUGAACAAACACAAUCAAAGUGCAUACGAUAUCGCCGAAUCAAAUACUGAAUCAGUGCGUUCAUUAUUUCUUCGUCAAAACAAUACUAAAUCAACGGAGAAGUUCUCUUCACGGUUUUAUGAAGAAAAUUCGUCGGAUUGUUUUGAUAUCGUUCGAGUUGAUCGGGCUGAAAGUAGUGAUGAAGACAAUGGCGAUGAUACUGAUAAUGAAAAGUCGCAAAAAGCUCCACGAACUUCAUCGAUUCAAACUUAUAAGAAUGAAGAUGAGAAAGAACACGCAAUUGAAUACUCAGCCAGCUCAAAAGCCAUGUGUCAGUCACGUGUCGGCCGAUUUUGUAUCAAUCAUCUUCAUUCCGAUGAACCACUAGAUCAUCAUACCAUAACUAAACGAUUAAAUCACAUUGUCGAACAAAUUCAUCGCAAUCAAUUCGACGAUGAUGUUAAAAUCAGUGACCUAAUCGAGCAAUACGAAGAAAAACCUAGUUCCAUCGAACUUUUACUUCAUUUAUACACAUUAGAAACACCAUUCUAUCAUCAAUUAAAAGAAGAUUGUUUACCGUUAGCUCUACCAAUAUUUAUCCAUCUACCGAGAUUAAAAGAACGAUAUUUCAAAGGGCGUGUCUAUCGUGGUAUGCAUUUAACGUACGAACAACUGUUAGGCUAUCAACUCGCAAUGGAAACACCAGGUACAUUAUUACAAACACGUUCAUUUUCUUCCACAUCGAAGGACCGUCUCAUAGCCGAACAGUUUGCUUAUGAAACAACGAAAAGUACCAAUCAGGAUUUACAUGUCUUACUGAUUUUCGACUUUCCCGAAUUUUGUGAUCAAGCCAUCAAUCUCUCGCGUGUUUCACCGGAAAUACCAUGCUUGAGCGAAUACGAAGAUGAGGAAGAAGUUUUAAUCCUACCUUGGACGUUAUUCGAAGUGACACGUGUGCGAAAAGCCAACAACGAAGAUGAUUUCUAUACGAUCAAUCUGACGAACGUUAUUAUUCCGAACAAAAAUCUUCUCUCGACGUUCAAAUGGAGUUGGGUCGAAUUGAAGAAGCAAUUUGUGAAAGAGAAAAAAUUAAAAUUCGAUUGCGGAUUUCAGAAAUAUAAACCACCAGUGACUCCGAAUAAACUGUCAAUUUAA